AUGGUUGAAAUGGACGUUAAUAAAGAAAAUGAAGAGGAGCCCAACUUCUCCGAUCCAGAAGAUUUCGUAGACGACAUCCCUGAUGAAGAACUCGUCAUGGAUGUUUUACGGCAGAAGCCUUCCAUAGACGAAUAUGAGGAAUGCUGUUUGAUCAUUUUCGGCCUUCCUGUUGUUGGCCCAGACAGAGUUGCCAAACUGCGCACUGUCCUUAGCAAGGUUUUCACGAACGUAGAACCAGAUCAUAAAGCACAUUUCCCGCUAUCAGAGGAAGGAGGAAGCAAGGCAAGUGGUUGCGUGUUCAUUGAAUUCCCUGAUAAAACGAAAGCCGAAUAUGCGAAGGGUGUUCUGAACGGGUACAAGCUGGACAAAAAUCAUGUCUUUUCCGCUUUGCUUUUCAAUGAAGCUCGAAAUUUUCAAAAGCCUGCGGAGAAUUGGCAGCCACCCAAGCCAACACCUUAUAACGACGUGGGUGAUCUGUGGGACUGGAUGCAGCAUCCACGGUGCCGUGACCAAUUUGCGGUACAGUACGAGAAGGAUGGUAUUCCAGUGGUCGCAUGCUAUUGGCAUAUAAAAGGGCAUGAUCCAGAACUUGCAGGAGAGCAGUCAAAAGCUGAAAGAACGUCCUGGACUGAUACUGUCUUCAAAUGGUCACCUCAUGGAUCAUAUUUGACCACUAUCCACAAAAAAGGAAUUUGCUUAUGGGGAGGACGUGAUUUUGCUCGAGUUCAACGGUUCGGCCACGAUAACGUGCAGUUCGUCGAUUUUUCGCCUUGUGAGACCUAUUUGGUGACGUAUGCCGAAUCUGCUGAGAAAAAUCACUGGGGAGAUGAUGAGGACUGCCUACGUAUAUGGGACGUCGUGACUGGAGAGAUGUUAAAGGGAUACUCCCUAUAUGCACUAACGAAUCGCGACCAGUUACCUUGUUGGCCUUUCUUCCAGUGGUCCUUUGAUGAAAAGUACUUUGCCUGCCUCAAACCACCGGAGAAGGACAAACUGGAGAAGGAGAAGAAGGUUAAUGGUAUUUCUGUCUUUGAAACAGAAACUUUCUCGUUAGUUAAUCGUCGCCAUUUUAUUGUGGAAAAUAUUAAGACAUUUUCAUGGUGCCCAACCCAGAACAUCAUUUCCUAUUAUGCUGAGUGCACCGACUCGAUACCUGCGGAAUUCGGAUUAGUGCAGGUGCCUAGCCAACAGAAAUUACGAUCGGGUCGCAUUCAUAACGUUGCUGAUUCGCAAAUGUUCUGGCAGAAAAGCGGUGACCGUCUUGCAGUCUAUACUAUGAGGUACUCUAAAAAGCAAAUGAAAGAAGGCGGUGAAGUUAAAUAUGUAGGCGGAUGCACUUACCAUCUCGAAAUCUUCGAAAUUGAUAAAAAGGAUGUUUCAUUGAUGAAUCUACCUCUUCCUGAACCGUUCAUCAACUUUGGUUGGCAGCCUCACGGUGAAAAAUUCUGCGUACUUACCGGUAAUCAAGCGAAAGUAACACCAUUGGUAUAUCGUUUGGAACCUAAUAGUCAUGCUCCAAAACUAAUGAGUAAACUGGAUCCAGGAGUACAAUUUAACGAGGUAUUAUGGGCACCAUACGGGGGAUGGUUGGCCAUUCUGGCGAAACGGUCGAAUGGUGGUAAUGUUAUGUUCGUCGACACUACGUUACAAGAAGCGAAACGUACCAACGUCGUUGAGCACCCAGGAUUCAACAAGGGAUACUGGGAUCCCACAGGCCGGUAUUUCGUGACUUGUUCAACGCUCGGAGGAAGACUAGGAGCUGAUCUUGGUUUUAGGUUAUAUACAUUCCAGGGUCGUGAACUCUGUCGGAAAGCUCUGGAUCGUUUAACACAAUUUAAAUGGCGCCCUCGCCCACCCGUAAAAUUGAGUGAGCAGAAAAUGAAGGAAAUAAAGAAUAACUUGAAGAAAAUAGCAGUUCGGUUCGAGCGUGAAGAUGAUGAAGAAAAGAACAGAGCUAGCCAAGAAGUUAUUGAUAGGCGAAGAAAGAUAAUGGCUGCAUUUGAACUAAUUCGUCAAAAGAAUCUUAAGAAAAUCGCUGCCCAACGUGAGCUUAGGAUUCAGCUCCGAGGUGGUGUGGAUACCGACAAUAAGCAAUCUGAGGAACUAGUUGAAGAGCAAAUAAUGGUGGCACUCGAUACACAAAAGACUUUGGCUCCGUUGGGUGAAGACGAAUUAGACUAG